AUGCAACAGCUUUUACGAAUCCACGAUGCCAGUCUGAAGAACGAUGUUCAACGUUUGCAAGACGAGUAUAACAACCCUGCACAUGAAUACUGGCAGCCCAUCGCUGUUGCGCGAGCAACCAUACUUCCAGUGUCGAAAUCCAAUUCCGUGCUUCAGCUGAACUUGGGGCAAGGCAAGACUUCUGUAAUUAUGCCUAUGGUGGCGUGUCCCCUAGCCAAUGGCCGCAAUCUUGCCCGCUUGAUUGUACCCAAGGCUCUAUUGCUACAGACUGCACAAAUUAUUCAGUCGCGUCUGGGAGGUCUCUCGUUGGCCGCGAAUGGGCUUCAGUGUCUCUCGGAUUUGCGCCUAGAAUCGGCCAGUCGCAUAAUUUCAAUAACGGACUGGCUCACACGAGUUUGUCGGGUUGUUGUUGACGAGUCAGGUUUCUCUUUGGCUGUUAAGACACAGCUAAUUUAUCCAAGUGGAUCACAGCUGCCGCUAGAUGGUCACCCUUAUCGAUGGAAGAUCGCCCAUGCUUUGUUAAACCUAGUGAAGGAGCAUUUAGAGGAAGCCCAACAGGAAUUCCCUGAAAGCUUUGAGCUCACAAAGCGUACCAAUGAUGGUUUUCUAUUCAUUCAUAUCCUCCGACCGGAUGUGGAAUCCUUCAUCCAUCAGAGACUGGCUGAUGAUCUGUGUUCCGGCCGAGCAUCAAUCCUUUCUACACCGGCUGUAGGUCAUCAACAAGCACUUCGGAGUUUUAUUUCCAAUGGUGCAGUUGAUCAGUCGGUGGUCACAGCUGCAAUGCAAGCGUUCGUUGAACCAGCUGCUAUUAAAAAGAUGUUUCUUCUCCGCGGGCUACUCGGCCAUGGAAUCCUUCUGCAGUGCCUAAAAAAGGUGGAACGUGCAGUACGGCUUGCAUCCUAA